AGUGGGACAAAUCCUCCGGUCCUCAGGAUACAGGUCCAGGAUCGUCCCGUGGGCUUGGUGGUCUCAUUUUAUCCCAAAUAUGACGCCGUGCCCGGGUGGUACUACCCGGUGACGAUUGCCUUGUAGUUCUGGCCGGACAACCUGCAAUAGCAUCUGUGACCUACCAGCUGUGGACAACGCAUCGCAAGAUUAGCACCCUUGAACUGGAACAAUCACAACCAACCAAUCUGCUGGAAUGCAAGAUGUCCGAGAGUGAUGUCGAGCACGUUUCUGGCAUCUUCGCCGGCAGUCCUCGUCAUUUCCAGCGCCUAUCCUCCCCCAACACCGACGAUUACUUCUAUGACGCCCUUUCGAAUGGCUCCCGCGAAGACCCUCUAGCGCUGUCCUCCACUCCUGUCCCUUCGCUGUCGGGUAAAACGUAUCCUACUCAGCCGGGUCUCACAAGUCUGCAACCCUUCCCUGCACCUACAAGCAUAACCCCGGAACUCCCUCACGACAGUUACGGUCGAUCUUCGCCCGACCCAGACGACUAUUAUCGACCACAUUUGCCCACCCUGGCGGCCGGAGACGAGAGUGGUGUCGAUUCGAAUGGUCGUUCCAUGGUGGAGGUCAACGAGGAGGUUCCCGCAGAGAAACAACACCCCAAACAUCUCCAACGUGUAUCAUCGGUACCGAUACAUUCGAUAGACUUGUCAACUGCAAACCUUGGCCCGCACCGUUCGGCAUCCGACUCAUCAUACAAAGGCGUUGGGCACGAAUCUACCUGGGGGUCAUCAGCGCGGGCGUUGACAGCACGAUCGGGGCAGACAUCAUUCAAAGACCUUAUCAACAAAUUCAACAAUAACGCCGACCAAGUGCUCCCGGUUCCAUCCACUUCUACUGUCAGAUCGCGGGUGACUUCGAGGGCUGCUAGCCCGACUAGCCCUACUGCAGCACACCAACCUCGAGCUCUGCCUCGCCAACGAGAACCACCCAGCACUUCGACGAAACAAGAAACUUACCACUGGCGUCCUGCGAGUGCAUUCGGCUCCGACUCUCCGCCAGAGCUUGUCUCACCGCAGCUGAGGACGACUGAUUUCGACGGCAAUUCUUUGAAUACUCCAGACUGGCCAGAAUCGAUUCCUCGACGAUCUCUUUUCGGAGCAAGCCUUAAACUGGACACGAGCCCUGGAUAUGGAAAUUCGGCGAACUUGCGACGUCGAGGUUCAGAUGGGAUCAUCCCCAGCCCAAACACAGCGUUCCUAGAUCAUCUUGAUCCUUCAGCUGGUUUGACCCCCCUCACGCCUACUGCGUGGUAUCUGGGACGCACACCGUUUCUCGAGGCCGUGAGUACUGAAUCCAGCGCCAAUACCCAUCGGAGAACGAGGAGCGAUUUUGCUGGAAACUGGUCGGUCGAAGAGACAGCGCACCCUUCCGUUUCCCACAUGGCGGUCCCGGCCCCCUUGCAGCCCAAUUCCCAAACAUGCCCAGACAACCCACAUACCAAAUCACGCAUUCCGAUUUCGUCCCACCGCCUCAAUUCACCUUCCGUUUCGGACGAUUCUCCUCCCCCCUCAAGGUCUGGCACAAGUUCCGGAAACCGUGCUGCCGUGCAAAUCCAUCUGCCGCCGAAGGGCACCAGCCGCCUUCCCAAACCAUCGCCCAAAUCUCCGCGUGACAUGACUAAGGAUGAUCAAUCCCAAGUUGCGGCCUCCUCGUCACCACGCGCAAAGCGGGAAGUCUCUCAUGGCCGGUCCCGUCAUCAGCCUCCAGAAAGGAAUGCGCUCUUAGAAGCUUACAUAGCCUCUCCCCCUCCCAAAAAGUCGCCCGCCUUGCGCAGCUCCCGACCGCGCCAGCCCGUGUCGCAGACUUCCACAUUCACGUCCCGGUCCAAAGUGGUUGAAACGGUAUCGAAUUUCCAGAAUCAGAUCAACCGCGAUCGAGAUUCGAGGAACCCCAGGCCACGUGAGCGAAGGUUACCGGAGCUAGGCCAUGUUGACUUUGCGACUCGGCGAGAAAGAAUCCAGCAGGCUUUUAAUCGCACAGUCCAAGAGAAUGAGAGGAAGGAAGAGAAGGCAGCUGAGCUCCGACGUCAAGUUGAGGCACAGGAAGGCAAUCGUGAACACUCCCAGGAUUCUACACCAGAAGCACCACAACAAGCCGAGCGAGAAGUUGAACCGGACUCCCAGAUCGAGGAUAACGCAACCGUCAUUGAGGAAGUAGCCGACUUCGAUGAGGAACCGCAACACACACAAGACACGGAAGACCUGCAAGCCUUACCUCAGCUCCAUGUCAAUACAGAUGUGCAUACGCAGGAGAACUCCAAACGGAUGUCCACCGCACAAUUGAUGACGAUGGAUUCCCCAACUCUCGGACACCCGGGUAUAGUUGAAAGGGAGCUAGGAUUCGAGUCCAAUUCCCCUGCGCCUCCCGAGUCUGCCGUUACCACUGGUUCUAACGAAACCCAUGUCACUGCGUUUGACAUAGAGCCACAAGUCGAAUUAUCACGACAGAAAAUACAAAGCUCGCACAGGGCUCUGUUGAGUCAGAUUAUGAAUGUCCGGGAGUCCAGUCCGAGCAGCUCAUCAUGCGAUGAGCAGGAUUGUAGCUUCUCGGAAAAUGAUGACAGGGAAUCCCUACCGAUCAUGCUGAAAAACGGCUUUGGCUUUGAUGAGCAUGUAGACAGCAGCGACAACCCAGAGUCAUGCGACGUUUAUGUACGACACGGAGCGACUAACGGGGUGAGAUCCAACCGAUGGAGUAUGAGCUCUUGGUCGUCUUCCCUUCGCAACCAGCACUCCGCAGACGAGCAGUGCGAGAACAGCGGGGAUGACUUUUCUCAGCUACAACAGUGUACGGAGGACAGCGAAGCUGCGACGCAAUCUUGCUCUGCGUCUUCGAGUACCCCUUCCAUGAGUGACCACCCGCUUCCGACCUCUCUCUCACAUAACAACGAUAUCACACCCGAGUCGAGACGCGAGGCGACGUCUCAAGCAAACCUCUUUGCAUUUUCCAACGCGUCCAGCUUGGCAAGAUUAGGCGGCUGGGAUUCAAAACGAGUUGGUCAGCUUUAUCUUCAGGAACUGGCUAAUGGCCGAGGCCAUGACCUUCCUUUACCUGCACUUCGCGCAUCCCCAGAGGAUAGAAUGGCAGAUGGAAGGCCAGACAGCUUGACUGACGAUCCCGUUGUCGUAUCUCGUAUUGGCGAUCUCUCUGCUUCGGAUCGGCCUGGACAAACGGCAAGCCUAGUCCUGCGCGAUGACUGGGAACAUGCUUCUCCAUCUAUUAUGGACUGGAUGCAGGUUGCUGCCGAAGAUGGGUCAGUUUUGCAAGAUCGAAAUGGCGAUGCCUAUAUAACACACGGUGGCGCUCCAACACCGCGGUUAGCCACACCGAAUCUGCAGUCUUCGUGCUCAGACGAGGGCGAUGAACGUGGCUUAGGGUUGGCCAUCAAAUUACACCUGCCACAAGAGACCGACUCCCGUGAAAAGCAACUACCUCCCCUGCCAUCCCAUGAAGCAGAACCGGUAGCUGAAGCUACGCCGACAGAGAAUGACGCCGUACGACAGCCGCGACAGCUGCCUCCAACCGUGCACGCUGCUGAGCAACGUUUCAGUACCAUCAUAUCUGGCAUAUUUGCACCGCUCGAUCCCGUCCAGAGCACCGGAAGUAGCGAAGAUUCAUCUCUUCGCAGGCUUGAGCCUACACCCUCUCCCCAGACGCUUGGCUCAUCUUCUACUUCACUGGCUCCUUCAACCUUAGAGCAACCUCGCCUCAAGGCCCAGUCCCCUUCACCAGAGCAACGUCGAUUGAAGAAGCGGCGACAUGUGAUCAAGGAGCUUGUUGACACGGAAUACACCUUUGGAAGAGACAUGAAAGUCGUCGACGAUAUCUACAAAGGAACCUCAAGCUCAUGCCUGGACCUUUCGGCGGAGGAUGUCAAGAUUUUGUUCGCAAAUUCAGACCAGGUCGUACAGUUUUCCAUGGCGUUUCAGGAUGCACUCAAGAAUGCUGCAAAGAGCGUUUAUGUGAUGCCAAAAUCUCAACGGUGGAGUAGUAAACGCAGUGCGCGCCACCCUGCAUCCAGGACUGAGUCGGAAAAUUCGAGCACGACAGGCCUGUCGGAUCAGGACAAAGACAACCUGACCUUCAUUGGCCAGGCCUUCCUCAACCAAAUGAGCUAUAUGGAGAAGAUAUACGCCGAUUACCUGAAGAACCACGACGCUGCUAACAAGAAGCUUCAGACACUGCAGCGAAACCCGAAGGUUGCCAUUUGGCUCAAGGAGUGCCGAGACUGGGCGUCCGACCUGACUACUGCCUGGGAUUUGGAUUCUCUCCUGGUAAAGCCUGUGCAACGAAUCUUGAAGUACCCUCUCUUGCUGAGCGAACUGCUCGACUCAACCCCAAGCGACCAUCCCGACCAUACGGCUCUCCAACAUGCCCUGGAAGAGGUUACGAGUAUCUCAGUCCGCAUCAACGAGAUGAAGAAACGGGCCGACCUGGUGGGCCAAGUGGUCAGUCGAAAACGGAAAGAGUCGGACGUGAGGACGGGGUUGUCCAAAGCUUUUGGCCGACGAACCGAGAAGUUGAAGCAGCAAGUGGGACUUUCCGAUAUGUUCGAAGACAAGGAAUACGACACAUUGGCCCAAAAGUUUGGUGAUAACUUCUUCCAGUUGCAACUGGUGAUGCGCGACGCCGAGAUGUACACACGCGAGGUCCAGGCUUCGAUGGACGGGUUCAAUGAAUUCGUGACGGCGAUUGAAGGGUUUGUUGACGUGUCUCAAUCAAACUACGUCGACCUCGAGGGUAAAUGGCAUGAACUCAGUGCCUCCGUCCGGGAUAUAAUGACGGUGACGUUGCCCGAACAUCUUACGGUGGUUCGAAAGAGUGUCAUUGACCCAAUGGUCACGUUGCUCAAACUGCACGAUGGACCUCAGAGGGUCAUGAGAAAGCGCGACAAGCGUCUUAUGGAUUAUGCUCGCUUUCGAAGCAUAAAGGACCGAGGCGAUAAACCGGAUAAGAAGACAACUGAGCAGGGCGAACAAUUCAUGGCGCUCAAUGAUACCCUCAAGGACGAACUUCCCAAGCUCUAUGCUCUGACUGCCAAGUUGAUGGAGGCGUGUCUGAAAAACUUCGUUAACAUUCAGACCACUUGGUUCCGGCAGAUGCAGAACAAGCUUGGGUCUCUGUUCGAGUCGUUCCCAGACGACAUCCAGAAGAUUGUAGAGGACUGGUCCUCCAACUUCAACUGCUCCGAGGCGCAAGUUUUGUCUCUCGGUAUCUGCAAUGGUUCAUUGCUUGCCGACACCGUUAACCUUGUCAACUUCAACACGCCCUCUACUGGGGCCACCAUCAGCUCCCCUCGGCGACCCUCUACAGUCAACAGCGUCAGCACCCGCGUAGGGUCGACCAUGGAAGACUCACCUAAGGUGUCCCAGGAUUUCGGCAGCGGCAUCCAUUCCUUCCACUCACCCAGCUUCGAUACUCAAUCCCAGGUAUCGCAUGGGCGCCACAGGGCCGAUUCAACCUUUUCCGGUCGUGCUAUGCACGAGACGACUGAAAUACCGAGAAGCCAAAUGUUGCAACAGAUCACCAAUGCUUCAUCUGGCUCCAUAGCGGCAUCUAACCCCAACACCGAGUCCUUCCCGAGCCUACCUAGGUUGAGCCUCGAUUCUCCGUUCCUAGUUGACGUAAUCGGACCCUCCAGCGACGAUACAAAAGCCGAGGAAGAGCCCCCAGCUUCCCCCGGCCGAUACUCGAGCUUUUUCUCCUCCGCGAUGCCCAUGUCGGACAACCCCCAAGACAACAACAACCCACGUGCUGAUAAUGCCCCCCCCAAAGAGCCGUCAGUAUUAUUCCUCGCUGCGAGCAUCUACGAAUUCAAUAUCGACCGCGCCCGACGUGAGGCUGGCUAUCCUUACCUGACAUACGUGGCCGGGGAAAUCUUUGAUGUCAUCGCCGAGAAAGGGGAGCUCUGGCUGGCCAAGAACCAGGAUGACCCUACACACCAAGUUGGAUGGAUCUGGAACAAACACUUUGCGAAGCUUUCGAACUAAGCUGGAUGAACAACGCGUUCCGUUUCUUUUCCAUCCUUGACACUCAUUUUCCCGAGCAAUCUCCACCACCAGCGUCAUAGACCUGGAAUCUCUGAUACGCUUCAUUCUCUAUCUUUUCACCAUUCAACAACCAUUUGUCGCCAUCGUACGUUGACAUAACAUUAUGUCUCUCCGAU